UGAUGAAGUCAACAGCCUAUAAUUUUAAAUGCGAAGCGAUGAGCACGUUUCAAGCAUCCAUUCUGUUACGGUUGGUCGUUCUUUGGGCAAAUGUGAUCUCAGCAUCCCAAACCGAAGAAUGUGAUCACAAUUUGGGUAUGGCCUCGCGUGACAUAAAAGACGAACAGAUAUCUGCUUCUACGUUUGAUGGUUCUUAUAAGCCAAAACAAGCACGUUUUGGAGGAAAUUCGGCAUGGUGCGUCGCAUCGCGAAAUGGUUCUGGGGCCUUUCUCGAGGUUGACUUGGGGGAAAUCAAAAAAGUAACUUGGAUAGGCAUUCAAGGUUUUGGCGGUGGAUACGUUUCAAAUUUUACCAUACAGUACAAGAGAAGAGAAGCAGAAAAACACUGGCGAAAUUUUGUGAAGAGACUACCAUUUAACACCAGUCACAUUGUGACAUUCGAGGGUAACAGUGAUAACAUUUCCAUCGUACACAAAAGAUUUAAAGGAUCUCGCAUUCUUCGGUAUCUCCGAUUUGUUGUCCUUGGAGGCGUGGGCGAAAGGUGGUGCUCAAGGCUAGAAUUAUAUGGAUGCGAUUGGGAAAACAAAGACGGUCUGGUUUCCUAUCAAUCAGCUCAAGGCAACAUUCGUGGUUUCAACGAUACAGCGGUGACAAUGAACGAUGUAACAUACGACGGUACUGUGGAGCAUUAUGGGCGACGAUUCGGAGUUCUACAGGGAGGAUUAGGGCAACUUACAGACGGUGAUGUUGGUGGCGACGCCUUCUGGCUGGAUAAUGGCAACGGCAAGAGCUUCGAAUGGGUUGGUUGGUACGAUCUCGUCAACUUGAAGCCGUCCAUAUUGUUCGAAUUUGAGCAUCCACGACGAUUCCAUAAGAUCUUAUUUCAUGGCAACAAUAGACCAGGCAACGUGAGAGUUUUUAAAAACUUGCUCGUGGCCUUCAGCAUGGAUGGUUCGUACUUCUCAAGGAAAUUUGUAUUCUAUCCAAGUAAUGGUAUAAAAAUGAAAAGAAAUCAGAGUAUGUGGAUUGAAGUAGAUUUACACGGACAUAUUGGAAAGUAUCUAAACUGCGAGUUCUCUUACGAGGGAAAAUGGAUCGUGCUAAGUGAGAUUAGGUUCGCGACUGAGGAAUACAAAGGUGAAAGCAAUACCAAUAAAGAGACACCCACGAAAGGAAGAGAAAAUACUCCGUCUGUAAGAAAAACGGAACGUGAACUGAAGGAAACGAACAAAUUCUUGAGUCUGCAGGGUAUUAUUGCAAUGGCUGCGGUGGGCGCAGCACUGUUACUACUCACCGUGCUAUUCAUAAUAUGGCUGGCGAGAGUGCACCAAGAAGGCAAAGACGGUGAAUAUCCAAUAAGGAAUGUUAACCGCAUCGUGAACUCGUUGAAGAGAGGAACAUUGCAGAGGAAAGAGGGCAAGAAACCGAGGCAUUACAGUUCAUCAAGCGAGUCCGAUGAGGAUGUUGAGAAUUUGAUGGUGAGGAAAAUGAAUAACGACGUACCCAGAGACCAGCCUUGGUUUAAAUCUCUGGAUAAACACAAAAUGAACAACAUGGUCAUGAUGAACAACACGAAAUCUUGGGAUGAUAAAAACUUAGGGGACAAUGUUGCAGAAAAGGCCUUGGAUCUCGUGCAACUGGAUGUGUAAAUAUUCUUAUUUAGAGUUAGCUAACAUGCGACGUAUAGAUACAACUUAUACAAUUACCUACAGGUCUUCUAAGAUAUAAAUAGAGAUAAAUAUGUACAUGCAGAAACUUGUUCCAUUGUUGCCUUUAAAUUAAACGCAAUUAUUCCCUGAUUUAUUUUAGACGAUAAUUAGCUAUAAGGC